CCUAAAGCUGAAAAUAUUAUACUAUGAGAAGACAACAUUAACAGAAGUGCGAUUUGAUGAUUAAGCAUUAUCUGGAUUACCUACACAUACCUACAAUAUUCCAAUCAGAGUAUCCAAUAAGUGAUUAAAUUAAUCAGUGUACAUUGGGGUAAUCUGUGGUCGUCUACUAUUUGUUUGUAUUGCAAUUUGCUUAUAUUUACUUCUAUAUUUAUAUGGGCUUAUAUAUUGACUUCUAAUAAACUUCUUUUGUUUACCUUGAUCUACUGGUUUGCAGUAGUAUGUUACAUUUAUAUGCUCAGGCAGUGGAGGGUGUAAUAAAUUCAAGUUCUGUACCGGAAUGGGAUUCUGAUGUUGGUGAUGAUGGUGAGCUGGUUUAUAUAAAAAUCAAAUAUAACAACAAUGCUAUAGAAGAUACAAAUACCCCACUCUUAGAGAAUUGUGAGACAUUUAAAUUGAGAAAUAACUUUAAGAGGUCAUCCACAAGACGGUCUACCAAAGGGAGAAUAUUUAAGGUUCUAAAAGUACACAAGGCUAAAAAUGCAGAUAACUCUGGCAAAAAGAAACCAGUUCCACAGUCUGAUUCUAGUAAAAAAUUGGAAGAUGAUAAAUCUAUAGUUAUUCAGGUCAGCAAAAAUAUGAUAUUUAAUAGUGAAAAGAACUGCCAAAUAGAGAAGUUGUUUGGAUUAAGCUUGGCAACACAUCCAAAUGGCAAAAUAUUGGUAGUAGAAGAUUUCUUAAUAGAAGCAUAUGCCAUAUAUACUCCGAGAAUAAAGAAAGGAUAUUAUUUACAGAAAGUAAAUGGAAUAGAAGUGAACCCAUAUAAUAUUAAUAAUGUUCUUCAAAGAAUUGCUGAAGAUCCUUACAACCCUAAAUUAACAUUCGAGACACCGAAAGAUGUUGUAACUGUAGAUUUAUUUAAGUUAUUGACCUCUAAAGAUAUAGAUAAUUCCAUUAUACAACUUUUAAGAGAUUCUAUGUGUUCUGUGUUAUAUAUUUGUUGUAAUGAUGUAGAGUAUCAUAAUAACGAUGACAAGGGUGUACUUUACUGUUACCCAAGACCUUAUAAUCAGAAUUUUUUAUAUAAUACGAGAGGGGCUUAUGUCACUCUUUGUCAUUUAGCUCCUAAAUCUUUAGGUACGAGUGAACCAACAACUUCUACUGUUCUCCACAACGAGAAACUUAUAAAUGUUACAUACACAUCACAUUACAAUGAUUUGUUAUUAAUUGCAUUUCCCAACAAACAAUUAGAUUUAUUUGCCGCAAGAAGGGUCACUAUUGAUGUAGUCAGGAUGUUAGAAUUUUUGUAUGGUUCAUUAAAGUCUUGUUUUACAAAGCCUAACAAUGUUGAUAAGUUAGAUGGCAUGUUUUGUCGAAUGUUUGGAGUGUUGCUCUUCAGUGAUAGCAAUCGUGAUGUAGCAGGAAAUAUUGAUAUUAGUACAAGCAGAAUUGAAGAUUUGUUGGGGGCUCAUGCAGUCACAUUGCCUUUAGACAUACGAGUACAGGUUGAUGAUGCUAUUACAGAACUCGAAGCAGCUGACUAUCGUGAAUGGACUGAUGAUGUAGAAAAUUUUCAAAGAUUGUAUACUGUGAUUGGAUCAUGCCUGUAUUACUCAGAACACCUAUUGAGUUCCCACUUGCAAGAUGAAGAUCUAAAAGAAAUAAAUGCGUUUCUAAAAUUAAAUGGUGUCUUAAAAUUGAGUGUUGACAAAGAACUAGAAAAGCUAGUCGUAUGGAAAGAAGUUUUUAUCAAUGAACAUAGAAAAUUCAAUAAUAGUGAUGACAACGAUUCAAGAAUUCCAGAUGGGCGCUGGUUUCUUCUUGUUGUUGGUAAAGGUCAUUUUAUACUGGCCACACUGAUGGAAGCAGGUGGAUGUACAGAAGAUGCAGUUGGCGCGACUCCUCCAUCUCCAUUUUACGUGGAAGAGUGCGAGAGUUGCUUAGCAUUACUGUAUGAAGUCGGUCUCGACAAGUAUUUGUCGCUGUGGUUCUCUGCUAACACACAGCCGCAAUUAGAGACAUCGCCGGAAUACCUUACGAAGUAUGGAAGGAAAAUGCGGGAUGUAAAUUCUUUAAAGUCUGACACUGCAUUAAAAUCAUCAACAUUAAAACUCUCGAAGCAGACGCUAGGAGAUGUUAAAAAACGUCACAAUUCAUCUGAGCAAAUUAAUGUGGCAUCGAACAGCAGUGAUACGAAUGCAAGUAAUUAUGGUAGCCAUCACAAUUUAUAUGCACAAUGGUACAACGGCUCUCAGAAACAGUAUAGGCAUUCCAGUAAUUUGGAUAUCAGUUAUUCUGAAGAUUCCAACAGUUUGAAGAGUAAUAGUGAAAUAAGCGAUGACCGCGUCCAAGGCAGAAGGGCAGACAGGGAGCAGAAGAACCGUCGUGAAUCGUCGGGUUCUGAUUCAGAUUGGGAUAGACAGGAAGUCAAUAGAAUGGGCAGCAGUAUUGACAUGUCGGAUAUAAGAAAGUCACUAUUGAAUGAAAUUGACCGAGUCACCACACAUAGAAUAACAGCAGGCGACGAUAAUGUAUUAUUUCAUUUUGUACAAUUUGAAUCGGCUAAAGGCAUACUUAUAGCACCUGUAAAGAACAUUGACAUUCAAGCUAAUAAUGCGUUAUAUUCAUAUAUAAUUAAAACGUUUAGAACUGCCUGCAAAAGGAUACAUGAUCUUUUACAACAUAGCAUAAGAUUUAAAGCCAACCAGACCUCAACCAAUCCUCUUAAUAAAAUACUCAUUGCAGUGAAAGAGUAUGGUAUGUUGUUUCAAGCUCCAGUGCAGUUACUGAAUCAGUGUGGUGUUAAUAAGAAGAAUUCUGAAACAUUCCAGUUUUGGGUAGUUGGGCGUGUAUUUAGCGAACCGGAACCCAAGGAGCUCUAUCUAUGCUACCAUGAGUCUAUACCACAAGAUCUUACUGAAGUUGCCUAUUUACUCUCUUAUCUAGAGUAAAUAGAGAAUGUCUUCCAUGUAUUUUAACAUUUGAUGUACUUGAUUUGAUACUUAAUCUCUAUAGUCAUAACAUCAUGAUUUGAUUGUAUUUUUUACAUUUUGUUUAAAUUUAUAUUUACAUACCUACUUUUAUAACAUCUUAUAAGCUUUAAUUUAUCCGUCCAUAAGUACUGAACGUUGUGAUACAUUAUAGUUGUUAUAAUUAUUA